AUGGCCCUUCUUCGCCUCAGGCUACGUUCCCUUGGGCUUCACAUCCGCAAAGGCAUUCCUCACCCUGGAGUGGAAGCUAUGCUGGGUUUCUGUUGCCACAACUGGGCUUCAAACUACAGACUCAUGCAAAUUUCAAGGAAGGAGGUGUCACGACAGUUACGCCUGAUGGAAACGAUCCUCCCACAACAGAUGACCAUCAUCUUUGGACCAGGUUAUGGAACCCACUCAUCUUUCCGGUUCCUCCAAAAGGCUGCGUCCAAUCUUCUCGAAUCUUCAUGGAAGAAGGUUGUCACCGGUGUGACCACUAUUCACCAUAAGACCCCCCAAACGAAAUUGGAGCCUCCGGUCGUUCUAUGUGAUCAUCAACUAAGUUCUGGCACCUUGGAUCUCCUUUCCAAGGGUCCCAAGUUUUCCCCGAACCUUCCGACUACAAGGGUCGACCAACUAACUUCAGUCCAUUAUGUUGCGACUCACAUUCCAGAACAAGACCGGCAAGCUUUUCUUGAUGCUGGAGUCCGAUCCGCCUGCGCCCAUGCUCCUCCACCUAUGGGCAAAGUUCCGAUCCGGGCUACAGUCGAAGAAUUGCAAAGAAGUCACCUGAAACUACUGGAAUCAGAUAAAACAGGUGUUUUUGUCAUCUUAGAUGAAGGUUCCUAUGGGCAGAAGGUGAGCCAGGCAUUGAAAAAUAAUUUUGAUAUUCUGAAGACCAGGCCUUCAGGGUCUCUCCGUUCAAAGGCAAAGCAACUUUGCUGCUCCCUUAAUAUCCCGGCUCUUAAAGCUGCCAUUGGGGCUCCUUCCAAGCAAUACCUAACUGUGUUUUUCACGGCAAAAACCCAUAAAGAAGGAGUUCCCUUAAGAAGCAUCAUUUCAGAAAAGGGAUGUUGGCAGAAGCCUCUUGGUCUUUUUCUGCAAAAGCAUCUGUCAUCGAUCAGUCUCAACCAACCUUUCAGAGUUGCCAACUCCACAGAACUUGUAUCCCGACUUCAUGACCUCCAUUCAACUUCCGAGGCCUUUACCAUGUUUUCGUUAGAUAUUGAGGAACUAUAUUACCGAUUAGAUCCCGCAUUUCUUAUGGAUUCUGUGUCAAGUGCCAUCCACGAACAUGGCCCAUGCGACUUUCAGAACUCAUCUGGGGUAUCUGAACGGGGUUUCCUAGACCUUUUGGCCCUAUAUCUACAAUCAACACUCGUCGAACAUGGAAAGGAAAUUCUCAGGCAAAAGAAGGGUGUCUGCAUAGGCUCCUGCCUUGCCCCAAUCCUCAGCGAACUAUUUCUAACGUGUGUGGAUGGGGAGAUUGAAGCACGCCUUGAAGAGUUGUCACUUGUCUUCCAUGUUUUUCGUUACGUGGAUGAUUAUUUAGACAUUCACCCGAUCUCAGUUUAUUCUGAUUCUGUAGUUCAAGCCUUCACUGCUUCGUCCUCAGGCCUGAAUUUCACAAGGGAAGACAGCUCAGGCGAUGGUCUCCAGUAUCUCGAUCUUCGUCUGCAUCUUCUUCCGACCGGCAUUUGUUGGGCCUUCCAACAACGGUCUCGGAAACCUAUUCUUCCAUUCUGCAGUUCCCAUUCUAAACUGGUAAAACAUGGAAUCAUCCGGUCUCUCCUCUCAUCUUCUCGCACCAAAUCAUGUUCUCACUUUGCAAGCUUCAGCAUUGCAAAACAACAAGAACGUCUCCUCAGAGCAGGUUAUCCGCAAGGUCUACUGAGCACCAUUCUUGUUCAGUUAAUUCUAACCACCCAAAGGCCCCGUGCUCCACGUAGUAAGCCUUCACGCGUUAUCUGCAUUCCCUAUGUGCACAACUCGGCGCACAGACUGAAGGCAAUUGCAGCGCGCUUCAACGUUUCGGUUGUCUUCUCGUGCAAGUUGCGCCUGAAACAACUGUGCAGGCGUGUGAACAAUAACGAAUCCAUCAAAAGAUGUUCCAUCAAACACGCUCAUCAGACCGUUCCCUGUGAAGAGGGGGUGGUAUACCCCAUCCCUCUCUCCUGUGGCGACCGAUACAUUGGACAGACGGGUCGUUGCCUUAACACGCGCCUACGAGAGCACGUCCUCGAGGUCUCUCGUGCUUCGGACGACACUUUUCACCCAAUAGUGGUUCAUCAACGUCUCUGUACAAACUGUGAAGCCCGGUUCCAGGACACCUGCACGAUUGGGAGACAUAAGAACAAGCUCGGGAGAGAGAUCAUUGAGGCAUACAAGAUAGCCCAUGACGAUCACAACAUCGCUGCCCCUUCUCUCGCCUUGUCCAGAAAUGAGAUCAACUACCUGAAACCAGAGCUGGAUUAG